AUGUCGUCGUGGAAAAAAUCAAGCAAAGUUGGGCAAGUUCAACAUCGAGAACGAUCUCAACCUUCAACACGUCAACAUUUAGGUUUCCUUGAAAAGAAAAAAGAUUAUAAAGAAAGAGCAAUUGAUUAUCAAACAAAAGGAAAUGUCAUACGUGAGCUUAAGAAAAAAGCUUUGGAUAAAAAUCCUGAAGAAUAUUAUUUCAAUAUGAUCAAUACUAAAUUAAAAAAUGGUGUUCAUAGUUUAAAGAAAAAAUAUAAAGAAUAUAGUGACGAUCAAUUAAAAUUAAUGCAAACACAAGAUUUAAAAUAUAUAAAAUAUAAACAUCAAAUGGAAAGAAAAAAAAUUGAUAAAUUACAAACAUCAUCACAUUUAAUAGAUGCUGAAUAUCGUCCAUCUCAAUCACAUAUAUUUUUUGUUGAUUCACAAAAACAAGUUGAAAAAUUUGAUCCGGUUAAACAAAUGCGAACACAUCCAUCAUUAAUUAAUCGUCGAUCCAAUCGAUUAACAAUUGAACAAUUAAAAUCAACAAAAUUUAAUUUCGAUGAAGAACAAAUUAAUAAACUUCAAAAAAUGCGAAAGAAAAAGUAUUUAGAAUUACAAAAACGAAUUGAGCGUGAAAAGAAAUUACAACAAGUUGAAUUAGCUAUGGAAGAUAAACUAUUACUUAAAAAUCCAAAACAAGCGGAUGAUGAUGAAUUUUGGUCAGACAAUGAAAAUGAAAAAAUAAAUGAAAAGAAAAAAGCAAAAAUUAUACCGCGAAAGAAAUAA